GAAAAACAGCCUAGGGUCUCGAGCUUUUUCACACGAGAGCAUAUUUAUCCCUGAGGACUCAGAGAAGGCACAUCCAGGGCAGACAAUGUCAGAGGAGAACGUUUCAGACACAGUCAGGAACAUUCAGAAACAAAUAGGACAUAAUAUCAAGUUUGGUCAGAGACCUCCUUCACUUAGAAAGAGUGAGGGAGAUGAAGGUAGCUCAGAUGAGGAAGAUGUACCACAAAGUCCACUGAGGGUUCUUGCUCAGGUGGAAUGUGAGCCACUAGAACCCGAGGCCAAGGAAAAGGAUACCAGCCAUGAUCCAGUCCAUCACAGAACUCCAGUCAAAUCCCCACGUACCAAGCGGCCACCCCCCCCUGGUACAAUUGAGUCCAUCAAUUUAGACGCUCUCCCACAGUUUGUCCCAUGCUUGGACAACACCGCUGCCAAACACAAACUGUCAGUCAAACCCAAGAACCAGAGGGUGUCUCGCAAACAUCGAAGGUUCACACAGGAAGUGGAUCUCUCUGAAAUGCAAGAAGAAACAGAGACACAAAAACAUGAAGAUGUAUUUGAUUUGACAAGAAAAGACAUCCAUAGAAGCAAAGAAGAUUAUGAGCCUACUGAGAAAUCCAUAAAGAAGCGACUUCAAAAUGAGGACCAAGAACGUCUUGAGUCUCAGAGAAGGGAACUAGAGGAAGAGAGAAAGAGUGAAGAGCAAUGGACAAGAAUUGAAGAGCAGAGGCUAGAAGAAGACAAACUGCGCAGACAAGAACAAAUGCAAAAGGAGGAAGAGCAGAUGAAAGCCAGAGUAGAGGCAAGAAGGGAAGAAGAGGAAAAACUAAGAUUAGGACUGGAGGAGGAAAGAAUAAAGAAAGAAGAGUUGGAAAGAAAGAGGCAAGAAGAGGAGAAAAAGAAAGAGGAAGAAAAAGAGAGAAUAGAGGAAGGAGAACGGAUAAGGAAAGAUGAGGAGGAAAGAAGAAGAGCAGAGAAAGAGAGAAGACAGCAAGAACUCAAGGCAGAGCAACUCCGACUAGAUGAAGAAAGAAAACGGGAGCAGGAGGAGAGGAGGAGAAAGGAGGAGGAGGCAGCAGAAAAAAGCAGAAUUCAGGAGUUAGAGGAGAAACGACGAAGAGAAGAGGAGCAACGGUUUCAUGAAGAAGAAAAAAGGCGACAAGGAAGAGAGGCUGAAGAGAAAAAGAGGGAGGAGGAACUAAGGAGGAAACAACUGCAAGAACAGCAAGCAGCUGAGGAGCAGGCUAAAGUCACUGACCCAGAGUGGAAGAGAAAGGCAGAGGAACUUCGAUGGAGAGAGAUGGAAGAGAGACAGAGACCCUUCACUUUCAAGGUGUCCUCGAGUGAGAAACAGAUACUCUUCCAGAAGGUCAACCUUACCCCUGUUACUCCAGCAACUGGACAACAAGAUGAGACAAGAACUGAAACCAGGGAGGGAGCAAAAGCCUCUUCUCCAGGAUGCACUGAAUCCCCAACUCUGUCAUCAUCUCUUUAUGUCCCUCAUACCGCUAUUCUUGUGACAGGAGCUCAGCUUUGUGGAACUGCAGUCAAUCUCGAUCAGAUCAAGGACACUGCAUGCAAAUCCCUUCUUGGUCUUUCUGAGGGGAAGAAAGCCAUGGGCACUCCACCAACCAAGAGCAAAACAUCUCCGGAUCGGAAAUCUGGGAAAACAAAAUCUUUACACGAGUCUUCCUUAUCUGUAGACCAAUCCAAUGCUGCUGUACUGGCAGAAUGGGCAAGUAUACGAUCCAAGAUUUUCAAAGGGGCUGAGGAGGGAAAAUAUCCUGAAUACCCAGAUCAGAGUCACAAGCAAUCCCAGAGCAGACCAGUAAGUGAGGAUCUAAAUACAGUGCCAUUCUCUCACACCAACCUCAGGAAGACAAUGUCAGCCAGUGCAAAGUUUUCCAUUACUCCAGCUAGAAAGAAAUUUGCUGAUUCAAACAGGAACUCUGAGGUUUUCAGUCAGGAAGAAAGAGAAGGAGUAAAAGUAGAAUCAGCAUCUACAGAAACUCCCCCCAUCCAAAAAGAGUUGCUUUCUUCAGGCACCAAGAUCCAGAACAGGGGAAGCAAGGUUGUCCGCAUAACAGAUAAUGCAGAAGAAUGCAUGUUUGCCAAAGAUCUCCCGUCCUUUCUUGUUCCCAGUCCAUCACGUGAAUCUCCCAGUUCACAAAUUUCUGAGACUGGGUUGCCAAAUCAGGCAGAAUCACAUGAGUCUGAAACAAAAGAUGAGGGGGAUAAGAAGGAUCAGAGUGGUGAUGAGCAACCGACGCCUUUUGGAAUCAAGUUGAGAAGGACCAACUACUCUCUUCGCUUCCAUAACGAACAAUCAGCAGAAAAGAGGAAGAAAAGGUACAGCGCAGGUGACAGUUUUGAAGGGGUCCCAGUACCCCUAACAUCCAUCGAUCAAGACUCUGACACAUCUACACUUUCUGAAAAGUCAAGCUCUGCUUCUCCAAAACAAGAGAUAGCUGGGUACUAUACUGCCGUGCCCAGUAAAGAACCCAGAAUCAAGUUUGGUAGAAGUACUCUUUCUUCACGCAAUGAAGGUGAUAACUUUGUCCCCAAGCCUCCACUUUACCAUAAACCAGCUGCCUCCCCGAAACCCUCUGAAGGUGCCACUCCUCCAUCCUCUCCUUUUCCAAAACAUGGCAAGCGGACUUCUGGGGAUAUGAUUUCUCAAACAACAGAGGCGCCAGCACAGGUAGCUGCUGAGCAGAGCGGGGACCGUAAGGAAGACAUUUCACCAUCUGUACCGUCUCAGAGAAACGGUCAAGGAGAGGACGAGGUUAAAGAGAAGAAGUCAUUUUUUCCAUCUAUCAGCAUUCCAUGGAGGGAAAAAACUGAUCGCAGGACUGAACUCCUCAAAAGAGAAAAACCCUCACUGCAGGCCAGGCACUCACUGGACAGCUCACGGACACAAGAGAAAGAGACAGGACCGUUGUGGAUCACUAUGGCACUGCAAAAACAGAAAGGCUUCAGAGAACAACAGCACAGCAGAGAAGAAAGAAGAACCCAGAGAGAAGCAAAGCUGGCUGAGAAACAGGCCAGGGAAAGAGAAAGUGUUGGAAUGGUCAGUCCCACAGAGGAUAAAGGCAAUGACAAUUCCAGCCCUCCCAAGCAAACAGCACCUGAACAUAAGAGACCAGACACACUCCUGGCCCGCUUUGAACGCCGUGACAACUUUAAGAAAGCCAAUACAUUGCCCAGUUCAGUCACAGUUGAAAUAACAGACCCAACACCUUCUCCGCCAGCAACGAAGGAUGUGACAAAGCGCUUCCCUCCUGGUGACACCACCCAGGUUUCAACCGAGCCUGCCUGGCUCGCCCUAGCCAAGCGUAAGGCCAAAGCCUGGAGCGACUGCCCACAGAUCAUCAAGUGAUCCAAUACUUGACCCAGUAAAAAAGCAAAUAAGUCUCAUCUUCUUCAUGCACAUUAGUUAGCUCACCUCUGGUGACACAUGGCAAAAUAGAAACCUUUGAACUCGGCUUUCCACAAAUCACAAGCAAUCAGGCAUUUCCUAAUAAUUGGUAUUUCAGUUUUAAAAAUGUAUUGCCAUAAUGACAAAACAUUGUGCCUACAUACAGACUCGCACUGAAUUCUGUCAGAUGGAUCAGAGAACCAACGACGAAACGCAUCUCCAUCUCAGAGGCCAACCCUUAUUUCUUUGGUUUUCAAAAAUGACUAAACUUUCUGUGCAUCAACAAUUUAAUCAAUCCUUUCCUGUCAGUCAAUCCAUCAAUUUUUUGAAUAUAUGGCAACAGGUAUAGCCCUUCAUAUCUUGAAAGUCAAUCAAAAACCUGUUAUCCAAAAAUCAGUGUAUAUACACAAUGCAUGUCACAUUGUUGAUCCUAGAUAUUACGAAAUCAAUGUGUUUCAUUUUCAACACAGUUUAAAACAUCUGAAAUAAAACAAGACAGUAUGCUUUGGUGACAGUUCUGGGAAGCAAUUCAAGGGCUAAUAAUAACAACAACAACACAGUUGGUAUAACCUUGACAAAUCUCACUCUUUACUCCCACAUGCAUGGGCAUCAAAACAACAGUUUUGUAUUGUUUUUCAGGUUUGGCGUCGAUUUUUCAUAUUUACCCGAAUGCGUUGACAUCACUUUGUUGAUGGACAGAUGUGGUGUCUGUUUUCCCUAACUUAUUAUAUUUGAUAUCUUAGCAAAGUACAAAGAUCUUCACUGUGUCCGUGACGACUGUGAGUAAUGUCAUUUUAACUAUUGCUAAAAAUCACCAUGAUAAGAACAUGUCGAAACUGUUUACUAAUGUAAGGAACUAACUCUGAACUUCUCAAUAACGUUUCCAUAUAACUAUAUGCACUAGAGCCGUGCUGUCAUUUGACAACAACACUACUUUUUGCAGUCUCUGUACCCGCCUCUUUCCGUACAACCGGUUGCCGGAAAUAACAAACUGCCUGCUUGCUGUAACAUAAACAAUGCUUUCCUGGUGUAGCGUGUGCUACCAUCUCUUUUACAGCUAAUUAGCAAACCCGUGACACGGCUAAGUGAUGGGAGAUCAGUGCUUCAGAAGCAAAAUCCUGUGGGGGGCAGAACAAGAGAUCUAGCCAAAGAGUGUUUUCUGUGCAAAACAAAGGAGUGACUGUACUUUACAUGGACGCCACCUCUAUAUCUUUGAAAAAGCCAGCUAACCUGUGAUUGUUCCAGAGGGAUUCGCUUUAGGUGAAGCUGCACCUGAACUGUAAGUCGCUCUGGAUAAAAAUGAUCUAAGUUAUGAAAUUAAUGAAUGGAAGCCUUGAUCUCUCAGCAGAGCCACUGAUCCCACUAUCUAAUAUAAUGUUGUAUGUAUGUAAUGUAUGUAGGUAUGUAUGUAUGUAUAGAGGUGAAACGAAAUGGACAGUAUUCUUAUGGAGAUCUCAUGAACUGCAUUCACAUCACUUUGUUUUUACAUUGGUCCUGUGCAAUAGCGUAGCGUAAACAGUGUUGUAUGUGAUAUGAAACAAAAACAGUUUGUUGAUAAUUGCACUUUUUUUUGUUCUACUUUAGAAAUAUCCAUUAAGGAAAAAGUGACGCAAAUGUUACAAAAUGUGUAGAGAAAAUUAA